AUGGCUAAGAGAGCUGUGUGCUAUUUGCGUACACCCGAAAAGCGAAAUAAAAAGCAACAGCAUACAAGUACAUUUUCGGGGUCCAAUCUGGUGUUCCAGAAGGAGCGCCAGGCGAUUUCACGGAUCACGGGCUGUACUGCUGAUGUCUUUCUGGAGUAUGUGCAGCGAAACUUGCCGGAAGGGGUGGCAAUGGAGUGUGCCCGGCCUUCAACGUCCCGUACUCUAUGUCAAAUUGGGCAACUGGCAUCCCUUUCUGAAAUGCUUUAUACCUCUGUCGAUAUAUGUUGUGUCUUCGAAACACGCCUACAAGACUCCACUUCGGUCGUGCUCCCCUGGCCGAUUAGGACCAUCUCAGAUGUUCCACAGUUCACUCUUCGAGUAUCCGGUGACCCCAACACAAUGCUUCGCGGUAUCUUAGGUGUGGGAUUUGCACUCAGUCCCAAGGUUGAAAUCGCCUUACUGAACUUAAUCCCAGUAAACAGUCGUCUUUGCGCUGUGCGCCUAUCUAGCUCAAUUAAGAUCAAUGCGUUUCUGUGCGGCAAACGGAGGCGAGCCAAAGAAGCAAUGCUCUCGGCUUUCAUAACUGUUUGCCAAUGUCAUCUGACCCAACUAAAUAAACACUGGAUAUCGUCGAGAUCAGCAGAUCAUAUUGCAGCCGUAAAGGCCAUACCAGCAACUAGCGACUAUGAUGGCGCAUGUAGAUCCCUCAAACACUGGAUAACCAGGAGCUUGAAAUGUGACGGAGAAGGCUGGUGGAAUUCGAAGGCGCGGGAGGUAGAGGAGGUCUUCGCUGCAGGCAACGGCCGCGCCAUGUUAAAACUGGCCCGGGAAAGCGGUCAAAAGAAGGCAGUUCACUUCCUCAAUCGCCGCCUUCAGCCAAUUGCGAUCUGCGGAGAAAGUCUAGCCGCAAACCGUGUCUACUUUGAACCGAUUUUACUCAUUCCCCGCUUGUUAUUCGCUGGAAUUCGAGGGCGCUAUCGCAGGCGCCGCCUGAUUGGUCAGAUGAGCACUGACCAAUCGCAGACACUCAGUCUAACUGCACUCGUCACUCCAAACUCUGUGGCAACCUUGACUCACGAUAUGAUUUCGACUGUAGCUUUCUCAGUCUGUCCUGUUAUAAUCCGCUAA